CGUUGUAGGAUGCUUUUGUCGGUUUCAUCUUCCCUUUCUAUUCUUUUCAACCCUUGUCUAAUUUGGGGUUUUCAUUCCCUUUCAUCUCGGGCUAGCAGAACUGGUGGGCUAGCGUACUCAUGGGGAGUUUUCUUUUCCUUUCCCUUCUUUUCCUUGCGCUGAUUUCGGUCCACCCGGUUUUGUUUCAUGGGGGGUUUCUUUUUUCUACAUAUGAAUGGGAAUUUUAUAUGCACGGGAUCUUCAUUUUGCGGGGGUUUCUUCAGGGGUUUCUGGGCGGGUUUACUGCGCGUUCUACUGAGUUGCUAUCUAUUCUAUCUACCACUGAAGCCGUUACUCUACUCCACUCAUGUCGUGUUGCUUGCUUGUGAUUUGCUGCGUUUGAUGGACUGUCCCCAAGAAGGAGAGUACGUGUUUUCCGAUGUUCAUUGAUGAGGCGGGCGCUUCACA